AUGACAAGAAGGUGGCAGGGCGUCUAUGUGUGCUAUCCACUGUACAGAAAUGGUGCAUGUUUUCAGGGCGUCUGCAGACCUUAUCCACUCCACCCGUGCGGAAUUCAUGGGGGGAAGUUCUGGAGCUGCCCUAUAGAUCAUUCAUUCAGAACACCAGCCUGUAAGCCGUAUUGUCAGUAUGGAUAUGGAAAGCGAUAUGAAAAGGAUAAGUCUUACGUGAAAUCGGUAUACAUUCUGAAUACCGAUGAGAAAGCAAUUCAGAGGGAAAUGAUGAAGAAUGGGCCAGUUCAAGCAGCUUUCAUCACUUAUGAAGACUUCUCCUUUUAUACGAGAGGAAUAUAUGUGCACACAUAUGGCCGACAAAGAGGCGCACAUGCUGUAAAAGUCGUUGGUUGGGGAGUCGAAAAUGGCACAAAGUACUGGAAUGUUGCCAACUCGUGGAGUACUGAUUGGGGAGAAGACGGUAUUACUUCUGUUGUUCCAUUUUUGCUACAAAAGAAAACAUUUGAUUUGCGUGACAAGGAACAGUGA